AAUAGUCUCUGCCUUUCUCAUACAAGAGUUUUAAUUAACUAGCAGUCGACUACAAUGGCAUCCCUCUCAUCACGAUCACUCUCGAGGUUAGCUCUGCACUCGCGAAUCGGUCUCAACCCGAUCACGACCGUUCGAUCAGCAGUUCUUCGUCGGUAUACAUCCAUUAUCCCGGAUGGGAGCAGAACCAGCUCCUAUACAAGGCCUUUCAGCCUUCAAAAGUCGUUUAGGCCUCCCGUUACAGGAACAAAUCUUCAACACCGCGGUUAUGCAGACUUAAAAGCAAGCGGAGGAAAGACCGAGGCAGAUCUGAUCGUUGAGGAACUACAAGAACUGUACGACAAUGCCAAAGAUGAACUCGAAAUCGCAACAGACAGCACCAACAGCGCCACCAUCUACGCAGCAUCAGAUCGCGAAUCCGCGCGCGAACUCCUCGAUCAACUCCUAUACGUCUACAAAGUCUACACGGAAAUGACACGCUCCUCUUCAGCGGGGGGACCAGAUUUAGUAUCACCACUGUCCCAAAACGAACAAUCCACGACACCAAACGCACAGCAAGCCAAUGCAGAUCGACUAGAUGCGAACGCAGCCAAGGAAGCGAGCAAUCCCAUUCUGGAUGGUACUGGUGAAGCCUUAAGUGGGAAUAGUUACGUGGGGAUUACACCGAAUUAUGAUCCGGAGUAUAUUAGUGUUGAGGUGAAAGAGGAGGUUAAGGAGAGGGUCGGUCAGAGAAUUAGAGAGUUGAAGAGUGCUGUGGAGAGGUUGGAGGAGAUGGCGAGUCAUGAAUAGGUUGAUCUUUGCGAGAGAGAUCAUGUAUCCGGCACCUAACAAGUGUUGUACGGUAUCGAGUUGGGGAGUAACCUCAAGUGAUGUUUGAGACACAGUGUCCACUGAGGUACUCCGUAAUGCAAGACGUUACCUACCUACCUGGGAAGGUAGUACAAAAUUUGGGGUACAGACAUACACUAAAGCAUGGAUCCUGUGUAUUCCAUAUCUGUAAUUUACCACAACUGAGUCAUGAA